AUGUCAAAUAUCAGAUAAAGGCUUACUCCAUCAAAAAUUAAAUUGAAUGAUUAAAAUAAUGAGAAACCUCGUAAAUUGAAUUAAUGUGUUAAUCAUUAAAACAAAAAAGCCAAAUAUCAUGUUGUAAAAGAAACUUCUCUUUAAUUGUGUUCCAAAUGUGCUGUUAAUAUGGUUGGUAAAGGAAUGAAAGUUGAAGAAAUUCCAGGUCUAGAAGAAGAAUAUAGAAGAGAUUAAAUACUAAAAUUUAUAACAUCAGUCAAUAAUUCAAUACCUUAAAUUGAUAAACUUAUGAAUGCUCUAAUUGCUAAAAGAGAAGAUAUUCAAAAGUAUUAUGAUUAAUAAAGAGAUAAAGUUGAAAGAUUUCAUAUUUAAAUUAGUUAAUGUUUAGAAGAUGAGAAAAUGCGAUUACUUUAAUAAUUAUUCACUAAUUUUAAAACUCUCUCUAAACAAUAUGAUGAUUCUAUUAAUUGUUUAUAAUUAUCAAGAUCUGAAACUAUUAGUAUGAAAACUGAUGUAGAAUCUAAUCUAGAUGGAAUUCUUAGAUAAAUGUAAAAUGAACCUUUUAAUGAAAUUAUGACUAGUUAUAAUAAGAAUCUAUAAUUAUUUAUAGACAGAACUGAAUGUAUAUAAAAAACACCUAUUGAAGUUUUAAAAGUUACACUUAAUGAACCAAUUAACAUUACACAUCUAAUGACUGUUCAUUCACUUAAAACAUGUUUGAUUAAGAAAAAUUUACAAGAAUAAAAAAAUAAAAUUGAAUCUAAUCAUAGUGUUUAUAUUAGUUUUGAAAAUAAAGAAUAAUUUACUUAACCUAAAUUACCUAAAAUGGCUCCAUCUUUUAAUAAGACUCCUAAAAAGGAUUAAGAAUAUGUUUAACCUUUUGAAAUUAAAACUGAAGAAAUCUAUGAAGAAGGUCAUUCUUAAAUGAUUGAACGAGAUGACAUUGAAAACUCUUAUUAAAUGAUGUUAAUUGAUAAUUAAUCAGAUGCUGAAGAAUAGAAACCAGAAUUAGAUAUCAUCAAAUCAUUUGGACCAUCUAAUUUAAAUAACAAUACAUUAAUGCCAAAUAAUAAAGUGUUAGUAUCUAAAAUUAUUUCAAGAGCUAAUGAAAAAAAUGAUAGAAAAAUUGAUAAAAAUUAUGCAUUCAAAGGAAUCAAUACUUCCCUUAAAUUAGUGUGA